AUGUCUCCUUACCAGCAGCAACCACCAGCAUCGGCGAAGACACCUGUAACGGCGCCUCCACCUGCCCAGCAGCAGCCCGUCGGGUCAGAGCUCUGGAAGCGCGACAUUGAAGGCCCCUUUCGGCGGCUUGACCCGAACCCGGACGCCUUCGAGCUGGCCCGCCUUGCCCUAUGCGCCAUCACCAUUGUCCCCUUGCGCGUGGUGCUCAUCGCGGUGUUCCUUUCGAGCUAUUAUGUCCUCGCCCUGUCCUUCAUGACGGUCGCUCCCGAUAGGCCCUGGGCACAUGCGAUCAGCAUCUUCUGCGUUCGAUGGGCGUCGCGUUUCCUGCUGCUGCUCCUCGGCUACUGGACCGUGGACGUCAAAGGGAUGGAGGAGAACGCGGGGCGACGGGGGGAGCCGCGAGUGUUCGUGUCGAACCACAUCAGCUUCAUCGAAGUGCUCGUCUUCUUGCAUCAGCUCGGGCCGUCUUUCGUCAUGAAACGAACGGAAUAGUUUUUUUUGUGCCGGUGCACACAGGCAGACCUUGCGCGUAGGUUCGCACGACGCCGAACAACCCUUAUUCCCGCUUCAGAUUGCCCCACCGCUCAAGAAGCUGGGAUUGGUGCAUUCGGGCAUUUCAGAACACGACCCCGUUGUGCUUGAUCUAUGCAUAAUAGAUACUCAGGUGUGCCGUCAAGUCUCGUACGCCAAAACGGAUACUGUCGCUGUUGGGUUACCCCUUAGAGGAAGUAUUGUAAGAAAUGAGUCUCGGGCCAAAGAAGAGGGUGCAAUGGUCGCCCCGGUGGUCUAGUUGGUAUCCUCGAAACCUUCUAUAGGUCAGGUCAGGGUUCGAAUCCCGGCGUAAGCGAGCUUUUCUUGCGAAGUGAGUUUUUCUCUCGCGUCCGCUCCUGGCCUAGUGGAUAGCGCUAGUUCGUGUGUACACAGAGGGAAGAGAGUGCUGAACUCUUCUCGCAUUAAAAAUCCAAGUCAACGUACUGCAGGAGGGGAGGGUAGAGAGGGGUCCUUCUGUGUGACCACUGGUUGGAGUAAACGGCACUAGUUCUGUGAGCGCUGAUUUGAAGUG